UGUGGCGAUGCCCUUAGCCAAAAACAGCCGCGCGCUCUGACAACAAGCUGCCAUCGCCCGUGAUCGUCUCUCUCCUCCUUCCGUCACCAUCCCUCCAAUCGCAUCAGGCAGAACCAGAGGCACAUACAUCUGUGGGGGCCCGAGAGAGAGAGAGAGAGAGAGAGAGAGAGAGAGAGAGAGCAGCGAUGGCUGGGCCGAUCCAAGCAGCACUUCACAUAGGAGUGCCUGAGUAUGCAGUCGGGAUCGGAGUGAGAGAGGGACGGGGUGGGAUAAGCAGAGCACGCGCUGCAGGGAACGACCAUGGAGCCGUGUGCCAUUUCCUAUUACCAAUGUCUAAGGUGUCGCCCUCGGUUAAAUUUCCCGCCUCUGCCUCCUCCUCGUCAAUCUUGGCAUCUUCUUCUCUCGCCUCCUUGAUUGCCCCCUCUUCUUCGUCGUCGUCAUUAUUGAAGGUUGUCUUUGUCUCAGCUGGUUAUGGCGGACACAGCGAGGACGGCUGCUGCAUUUGGUCCAAUUUUGGAAUGGGGAGAGGGAGGUGGAGGGAGGAGGGUAGGCGGUCCUGUCGCAGGACAAGUUAUGACCAUCUUCUGGCGCGGCGAUAUGGGCGCGAAAGUUUGCGCUUCCCGCCAUUGCUGACAGGCUUAUUUUCUGGGCGACGGGCGGCGCGAGGGAUACGGAAUAUGCCACGUCAGCGCAGACCUGUCGCAGUCUCAUCAGAUAACACCGUUCCUAAUUUGGAUGACGUGGAGCAUCUCCGCGACUGGCUUGGUGAUAUACAGGAAUAUGAGAACCCGAUCAAAACCAACCCCGUCUUUCAUCCUGUUAAGGAUUUCUUUAUAGGACCUAAGGCAGUUGUUGCAAAGCAGGCUUGCCUGGACUUCGAUUCGCCAACAGAGGUCACAUACUUCCGGCAGGCUGGGCCUCGUGAAAAGGUGGAUCAUGUGAUCGACGUCCGGGAAACUCGUCAGCUGAAGGUGGCGUGUAGAUGGCCAGCUUCGACGCGUGGAAGACCCGAUGCACUGUAAGGUGCGGUGGAAUGUUGAUCACGAAGGAAGGACCUGCAGGGUCGUCUCCAACGGCAAAAGUGACUU